AUGGAAAGCUGGUUGCUGUCCUUUUUUCUCGGAUGCCUGGUCGGAGCUGGUGUGGCAUGGUACUUCGCUGGGCGGCCCCGAUGGGUCAGAGCUGGGAAGCUCAGCAGCCGAAAGACGAAGCAGCGACAGUACUUACCGCGCGGCUCCGCAGAUGCCAGGCUUGCGAGACAAGGCCACGCGGCUGAGCUCCUCCGCGAAGUUCGGUGCGAGGAUGCGAUUCCCUGGCUUCGGAGUACUCGGCUGCCUCCUUGCUGCGGCGUGCUUACAGGCGUGCCUGACAUCCACGAGUUGGACAGCAUGCUGAGCAUAGAAGGCUACAUCGAUUGGUUCCAAACAGUGGUGAAGCUCGUCUUACAGGCUAUUCCAGAAGAUGGGCGAGCCAUCUUCAUGCAAACAGACGUCAAAGUAACGCGUGAUGGUCAGCAUGGGCGAAAUGCCUCUGGCGGCAGCUACUGGCAGUGGCUGGACAAAGCCCAUCUAGCGCUGCAAGCUGCAUCACAGGUGCCCCGCGCACGACUUCUGUGGCACCGGGUCAUCUUCUCCGGCAAGCUGCAAGCAGGGGGCCGGAGUGGAUUCAGCGCCGGCUACACGCACUACCUGUGCUUCACAACUGGCGACGCCGACGAAGCACUGGAUCGCGGUGCUUUUCCAGAUGUGAUCCGGAAGGGCCUCUCCACUUGGACCUCGGGCUCGGGUGCUCAUGCAGUGCAGUUGGCCUGCAGCUACCUGAAGGCGCAGGGCAUCCUGACGGUGGUGGACCCUUUCUGUGGCGAAGGCUCCGUCCUGGCCAUCGCCAACGCUCUCGGCCUCUCCUCCCUAGGCCUCGAGAAGUCUGCGAAGCGCGCGAGGCAGGCAGAGACGCUGGAUGGUACCGCGCUGCUGCAGGCUGAUCGCGAAGAGUGCGAA